UACCAUUCCCGGUACCAUUGCCUGUAGUCCAUCCUCCACGACCUCAUCGUAUUCUGCGGACUUGAGUGCACCAGUAUGACAAAACACAGCAAGAACAACACCGCGUCGUCAAUCUUCUCGUAUGCGGAAUACAAGAAACUGGAUUAUGGCACGAAGCGGCAACGUCUAGGAAACGAGUCGAUGAGGAGGUUCGAUGCCUGCGCGCUGUGUCUCCAAAGUGCGAGAGAGCCGGUAGCAUGCCAGAAAGGUCAUCUCUUCUGCAAGGAGUGCGUAUACACGGACCUGGUCACGCAACUCGAGGAUAUCAAGCGUCAAAAGGCCCGACUGGAGGCGUUGAAGCGAGAAGCAGAAGAAGAGAGGCAAAGGGCGCGAGAGGCCGCUCGGGGCCGCGUCUUGCUGGAGUUUGAGAGAGGACAGCUGGGGUUGGCGAACACGGCGGUCGUCUCGACAUCGGGUGCUUCCAAAGAAUCGCGGGGCUCCAAGCGGAAGUUCGACUUCGAUGAGUCCACGGUCGAGACCCUUGCGCGGGAGGCAGAAGAGGCUGCCCUUCGUCAGAUAGAACGGGAACAGGCUGAGGCGCUCAAGCACAAGCUGCCCGACUUCUGGCUGCCGUCGCUGACACCUACGUAUGCAUCAAGCGGUCCGCCGACGUCACUUACCGAUGUGAAGCUGCAGACAACAUGCCACGGCGGUAAUCCAGCACACCCGCUGUCACGAAAGAACCUCAUCCCUGUGAACUUCGUACGGGAGAAGGACUCAACUGCUCCGCCUCCUUCCGUGGAGUCUACGCCUGCCACUGAAAACGGCGAAGAACCCAGGGCGAAGCAAGAAGACGAGAAAGUUGCUAUAUGCCCGUGUUGUAAGAAGACGUUGUCAAAUAGCACGUUGUUGUACCUCAUGAAACCUUGUGGCCACAUCGUGUGCAAGACCUGCACGGACACGCUGGUGAAGCCUGGCAAGCAAUGCAUACAUUGUGAUGUGAAGCUAGCGGACAAGGAUAUCAUUCAGCUCGCUCGAGAAGGCACCGGUUAUGCCGCCGGAGGCCUAGCAGAAACUUCCAAGAAGGGCGUCGCCUUCCAAGGCUGAGUGCUAUCCUCGACCACCCGUGUAUCAACUCGUUCAAUCGGACCGACUCUUCACUGCACAUC